CAUCCCACGACUUCACUCCCCCGGUCAGUCUAGAUGUCUGACCUGUCUGUUUCUUCAACAUCCCACUGCAGAUCCUUCUCCUCCUUGCUGUCUCUCCACUCUUCCAUUCCUAUCACUAUCAACUAUCACCACUCUCCAAUGAGUUGAUUGCCACCGCACCCCCCAUUCUUUCUGUCGCCGAGGACCAUGCCCCCUCCAGCCAACACCCCUUCGGAUACCCCCGCUCGCGCGCGCCCCGCUGUCUCUCCCUCUGCUCAACAACUGAAUGCCAUAUCCAUCCCCGUCCCCUCGUUACACGCCAUCGUCGCCGACGACGCCCACGAUGACAACGUGAGCUUCCUGCGGACUCGCGCCCCACCGGAUACUGCCUCCUCCUCACUCGCUCGACAACGCCGUCGUCGGCCACAGACACAGACCGUGCCCGAAUUCGACCCGGAACCGAUGGAUUUGGAUGACACGUCCAAUCUACGCAUGUCCGUCGAGAUCAACCGUCGCAUCCCCAUCAUCCGUCGCCAGCGCGACAGUUCCCUCACCCCGCAAGUCAACAUGCCCAACUACGACGGCCGGACGGCCAACCCCCGGUCGCUCUACGGCUGGGCCCCCGCGUCCGACGACGAAGACGAGGAUGAUCUCGCCUACGAACCGAUCCAUGACGGGGACACGUUCUCGUCCUGGUUCGGCCGGUUGUCCGACCGCGGGCAACCGAGCGCUCGCCGCCAUCGUCACGACGCCGCCCAACGAAGUCCGCCGCUGCUACCCGAGGACCCUUUAGAUAGUAGUAGUAGUAGCAGCCAUCGCCCGAGUGGCUCGCCCAUGUCGACCACGGAGGCGUUACUACAGUCGGUCCGCCGUCAGCCACGCUUCUCCCGCACCCGAACGCUUCACAACUAUCUACUUGACCGGGAACGGGCCAGCCACGAUGCGGAGGAGACGCUGCGGGACCGGUCGGGCGCCGCGGCGGCCUCGUCCAGAGCAUAUCGGUUCCUGCCGAGCAGUCGCAGCGAGGCCCAUCGACUACUGACACACAACGACCUACGCGCCCGGAUCAGCGCCCACCGACAGAUGCACCUGGACAACCCGCCCAGUCCGCGGCUCAAAGAAACCAUCAAGUACCUCGACCGUCUCCGAUACUCCAACUCGUUCGAGGAGAGUCUCACCUCCGCGGCCGCGGGGGGGUUUGUGUCGAUGGAUUUCCUGUCCUGGGACGAGGACGACUUCAUCCUCGACACGACCUCGAUCGCGCCCCCGCCCAUGUGCUCCUGGCUGCGGCCCGGGAUGGUAUUCUCCGGGUCCCAGCGCGCCGCCAGCAGCGCCAGCACAGUCCUGUCCCAGCACCCGUCGAGUCCGUCCGGGGGGCAGGAUCCCGUUAUCGUCAACGGCAGCGAACAACCAAACCCCGCCCGCGUCGGCGUGCGCACGUCGAGCGGGCGGCGGUACAUGGCCAACAACAUCUACCACCUGGGGAGCGGCAAGGACGAGAACUGGCCGGUCAAGGUGACGAUCCACAAUAUCAACCCCUGCGACAUGACGUUAUCCGGCACGAUGGAAGCGUACAACAUCCCGGACAAGACGACACCGUCGCACGACGCGCAUAUCGUGACCUUCCUCGAGGGGGAGAUCAUCGACUUCAACACGCAUACGCUAGAGACGAAGAACUUCACCGCAAACGCAGACAUCGACAGCACGUAUUGGCGGGAGCUGCAUCCGUUCAAGAACCUGACAGACGACGAGAUGACGCGGAAUUUAGUGAGUCGGAAGUGGGUGACGGAAGAGCUGUGCCGGGGGUGGAUAUUGAUGCGAUGGAAGGAACGCUGUUUCAUCACACCAACGGAUUCACGACAAGGACUUACGAUAUCGGGAUUCUACUAUAUCUCCUUGCACCGGGAGAGCGGACACAUCGAAGGGUUAUACUAUGACCCAGGGAGCUCACCGUACCAGCAGUUAUCAUUACAGCCGGAAAACAAAAAGAUGGUGCGACCAUCGUAUAGUUUUCGCUAAUGAGUAUACUGUAUAUAUGUAUAAUAGUGCAGUCACAUAGCCUACAAGACAAUAAACAAGUUAAGGUCAG